CAAUUGCGUAAGCGUGAUCGUAAGUGGUUGUAAGAGUGUGUAAGGCGUCGUUGUAAAGCGGUACUUCCGGUUGUAGAGCGUGUUGUGGAAGAUGGUUGAAUUUCAUCUUUCACGACUACAACAGAUGUGAACGUAAGAGCCAACCAAUCAGAGUGCUGUUCACGUCAUCAUGCCGCACACCGCCAUAAUUUACUGCACUCUGAUCGGUUGCUGUAAUCAAGUUUACAACGUAUCUUUACUCUAUUGUAGAUUGAUCCGUUGUAAAACAUUUAUGACUACUACUACUCCUACUCCUACAACCUUACGCUUACGCAAUUGUAGAAUAGCCUUAAUACGCAGUAUUCACAUAUUUGCAAGAUAAAAAUGUACGCUUAUAUAAAAUUGUUAUCUGGGAAAAAUAAAGACAAAAAAAAAAUUAUUCCCACAUCUUGCAUCAAGAAUUUUAAACCAGAGUCACACAAGAAAAUUUUAAAGUAUCAAGUGGAAGAAACAGUAGGCGAAGAACCGUAUGUAGCAACGAUUUUGUUACUAUCAGAUUCAAAUGAAGAACUUAAAGAAAUAAUUAGAACAAAAAGUGUUCGUGCUUCACCAUCGUAUUUGCUUGUGACAGCUUCGGAUAAAUCUGACAACGAGGGAAAAAAACAGUUAAAGCGUUCAAAAACUUUUCAAAUGAAUCGUCAGUUAAAAGAACAAGAGGAACUAGUCUGUAAUAAAUUAUCAAAGUUUAAGAGUGAUUUAUUGCCAAUAAACGUUACAUUAAAAGAUAAGGAAAAUUUAGAUUUGUCAAACAUUACUGAUACACCGCCAUCACCCAAAAAAUAUAGAGUAACAGAAGAUUUAGCACAAACAAAAAUAAAUUCAUGCAAGAUGACAAUCUAGUCAAAGCACUAACCAAAGAAACAAACACGAGAAACGAAAAGGAGAAGUGUGGUAAUGAGUCCCCAAAAAAACAGUUAAAGCAUUCAAAAACUUUUCAGAUGAAUUGUCAAUUAAAAGAACAAGAGGAACUAGUCUGUAAUAAAUUAUCAAACUUUAAGAGUGAUUUAUUGCCAAUGAACGCAGUUACAUUAAAAGAUAAGG